AUGAACGAAUUUCAUCGUUCCCCUACAUCUACAAGGAGCAAUCAGCUUGCCAAACCCUCAAAUCAAAAUGAUAAACUCGGUUCAGCAGCUGUAGAAACACCUCUAACUCCGCCAUCGGUUCGUAAUGUUUCACCUUCGAUAUGUUUGAAUAUGGUUCAAUUCAGAGCAUUGAUGCAAGAAUAUCGAGCUUUAGACGAUAGCGUUACCACAAGAUUGAACAGAACACUAGCAAACACAAGAUCUUCUGGAUUAAAUUCUUCACCUUCAAUACUUAGUGGACAUGUUCCUUCAAACACAUCACUAGAUUUGGGCAAAUCCACUUAUGCAAUCGCUCCCGAACAAGCUUGUUUGCAAUUCUGGCGUGAGCUUGUGAAUGUAUGGAUAGGGAGAGAAGAAGUGUUGAAAUACUGUUUGCAGGUGGAAGAACGAAGUAGGAUACAGCGAACUGCACCAAUCGCAACAUCAGUGGCGGGGUCAGGAAGAGAAGAGUGGUUAUUGGAUAGCGAUGUCGAAAGGGAAAGAAGACAAAAUGGCCUGCCCGCUUCAGCUCAACCCACACAGAGGAAGAGCAAAUAUGAUGCCUUUGAUUCCCGUGCUUCAAGAACAGAAGACAGUGCAGAAACUUUACGCAGACAAAUGAAGAACGAACUAUCAGUGGAAGCUAUCAUAAGGAAGCGUUCUCUUGACGUCUUCAAAUCUCGUUGUCGAUUCUUCACCCCUACUUUUUCUGAAGGUGUAAGAGGAGAACAAGAACGUGCUAUGUGGGAAGGCAAGGACACAAAAGCAGGCGAACAAGCUCGAAGAUAG